GCAGUCAAGUCAUCCUUGAAAAUGCCAGCUCAUUCCAUCCAAUACAUAGGCAGGCAGGCAGGCAUGCAGUAUUGAGCAUCUGUACACCACCAAAUACAUACACAAAUCUUUUCUCAUCAAAUCCUUCCAUUUUUUGUACCUCCAAUUCAAUUUUGUUUUUGAAAAGUUUCUUUUUUUACAUGAUUAUGCUGCCAAUAACAAUAAUAAUAAGAAGAAGGGAAGGCAGAGAGACUUGAUCAAAAACCAAGUCCUGCUGCUGCUACUUCUUCUCUCUUCUGUGUGUGCUGCAGCUUCUCCUCCUCCCUCUGGUUGCUGCGGCGGCCAACGCCUCGUCUCCUCUUCCGCCGGCGCUGCUGCCGGCACGAAUUCAGCCGGAAAAAUCUCUCUUUUUUUUUAGGCCUGUAUCUUCGCCGGCGACGACGGCGGCUGCGGUUCUCGGUUGGCGUCGUCGCAUUUGUGCUUCGUCCUCCCCCUCCCUCUCCCCCUCUCUCGUCGCAAAGAGGGGAGAGUGGACUUAUGAGGAGAAAAAUUGUGAUUGCAGCAUUGGUACUAGGCGUUCUUGCGUUGAUCCAAUGUGGGGAUGGGCGGCGAUGGGAGGAGGCGCCGCCGUCGCGGCCGCACAGCGUGACUAUCACGGAGUUCGGCGCCGUCGGCGACGGCAAGACCCUGAACACGCUGCCGUUUCAGAACGCCGUCUUCUACGCCCGGUCCUUCGCCGACAAGGGCGGCGCGCAGCUGUACGUGCCGAAGGGCCGGUGGCUCACCGGCAGCUUCAACCUCACCAGCCACCUCACCCUCUUCCUCGAGGAGGAGGCCGUCAUCAUCGGCACGAAGGAUCCAUCACAGUGGCCCGUUGUGGAACCGUUGCCAUCUUAUGGAGAAGGCAUAGACCUUCCAGGUCCUAGGCAUCGCAGUCUAAUAAAUGGAUACAAUUUAAGUGAUGUUGUUAUUACUGGCAACAACGGUGUUGUUGAUGGACAAGGAUCGAUAUGGUGGGAUUGGCUUCAGUCCCAUGAGCUUAACCAUAGUCGCCCGCAUAUUGUGGAGUUUAUGAAUUCUCAACAAAUUGUGGUGUCAAACUUGACAUUCUUAAAUUCUCCCGCUUGGAGCAUACAUCCAGUGUAUUGCAGCAAUGUAAAAGUCCAUAAUGUCACAAUCAAGACCUCAUUGGACGCUCCACUCACUGAUGGUAUAGUUCCAGAUUCAUGUUCGAAUGUGUGCAUUGAAGACAGCAGCAUUAGUGUUAGUCAUGAUGCCAUAUCACUCAAAAGCGGGUGGGACAAAUAUGGGAUCUCUUUUGCAAAGCCAACCUCGGAUGUUCAUAUCAGUAGGGUGGAUCUGCGAGCAUCAUCUGGAGCUGCUCUUGCAUUUGGCAGUGAAAUGUCUGGUGGAAUCUCAGAUAUUCAUGUUGAUCACAUUCGUAUCGACAGUUCUAGUAAAGGCAUCUCCUUCAGGACUACUCCAGGACGUGGAGGUUACAUAGCAGAAGUAGUUGUCACGGAUGUCAUAAUGGAUAGUGUCCGUGUUGCCAUUGAGUUCAUUGGUAACUGGUCAAGCCACCCAGAUGACCAUUUUGAUCCAUCAGUGCUCCCUUUGAUAGAUCAAAUCACCCUUCAGAAUAUGGAGGGGACAAACAUCUCAGUUGCUGGAGUUCUGUCGGGAAUAGAGGGCGAUCCUUUUACUGCCAUAUGUCUUUCCAGUCUCAAUUUCUCGAUUGCCGAAUCAGCUGCUUCCAGUGCUUGGUCUUGUUCAAAUGUGUCUGGAUAUUCCGAAUCAGUAUUUCCUGAGCCUUGUUCAGAACUCCAUGAUCCAUCCACAAACUCUUCUAUCUGUUUCUCCUUCCCUAGUUACAGUGCCCUUGCAGUAGCAUAAAUAUACAGAGUAAACUUGUGUUCAUCCUUCCCUUGUCUUGUUCUAGUCUUUGUACAAUUGAGACAUUGAGCCUCCAUCACCAUCCUUUUCCAAUUCUUUACCAAUAAAUGCAUCACAAGAAUGAUACAAUACCCCUCUUAUGGCCCUGAGGCUCAGAUUAUAAGCUGCAUAGUGAUCUUGAGGAGGAAGAAUCAAGUGGGGUUGUGGACAGCUAGGUGCUUGCUUGUACAGUUACAUUUCUUCAUUCAAUCUGUAAGAAAUUUUUUUUUUGGUAGGGUUGAGUGCAGAAACAUUUUCUUCAUACAAUUGUCAUUUGAUUAUAAAUCAUCAUAUCAUGAUUAAAUUAUCUCUGUAUAUCCUAUCUCUUGUGAGCAUCAAUCUAAUAGAACAAGUCACAUGUUAUCCUCCUGGAAUUUGACAGGCUGGAUUCUGUAUGUAGAGCCAGAUGGUCUCCCCUGCUAUAAAUAAGCAGUUGGUCUCAAAUGAGUUGUUAA